UUCAGUGUAAGCUGUAGCUCACUGCUACACCUUACACAACAUAACUGUUGAUAUCACAUAAGACGCAACACAUAGUCCAAGAUAAACUGAUACAAGAAGAUGACACCCUUUAGGAGGGUUCAGAACAGGCAUAGAUAAAAGCAGGACUCACGCUCCAUUCUUUGCUCCUCUCGGUUCAUCCCUAAGAUGGGCUGAGAGGGGCCCGGUACCGAAGGUGAAUGUCACUCUAGGACAUCGAUAAAACAAGAGUGUGAUCAACCUGGGAAGAGUUUCCCCUGCCUCAACCCCGAUUACAGUUACAAGGAAGGAGGAGGUGGGUAAUAAACUAUGGAGAGCAAAUAGCUCUGUUUUAGUUAUGCAGAUGAUUCUGGGUCUGUGAAAUACAAGAUAAAAGAGGACCUUGGUGCAGAGCCGUCAGACCUGCUCUCUCUAACCAUUGCAUUCAGCAGCUCUCUGAGAUCUUCGCAUCAUGUCAACUCACAGAACUGAAAAAGGCAUGGCUUACCAAUCGGCUCGAGUGGUGAUGGUCAACUCAUCCAAUCAGGGUCCUGAGAAUUGGAGCACCGGCCUAUUUGACUGCUGCAACAACACCAGCAGCUGUUGCUUUGGGUUCUGUUGCUUCCCCUGCAUGCAGUGUCAGACUGCCAAAGACUACGGAUGGUGUCCCUGCAUGCCGCUCCUGGACGUCUGCGGUGUGGUGUCUUGCAUACUCCGCUCCAACAUUAGAGAGCGCCACAACAUUCCUGGCUCGGGCUGCGAUGAUGUCCAUAAAGUAAUGUGUUGCUACCCCUGUGUGUGGUGCCAGAUGAAUCGAGAGCUGAAGAUCAGGGCCCUCCAGCCGUCGGGGACCACCGUGGUCACCACUCAAGUUGGCAGAGUUUAACAUGCAGACUUAGUGAUGGUUUGUUGAGUUCAUCUGAUAUGUUCUGCAAACAUUUCAGGCAGAUUGUUGUUAUAAUUAGAAGUAACGACCAACACAGUCAGUUUAAAACAUGUAUUAGUUUGCAUUUAACAUUUCUCAGUUUGUAACAGUUCAAUAUUUUCUCUAAUAACUUUUCCAUCAAAGCCUUAGAAAGACAUUGUUUUGUUACUCCAAAACUUAGACUCAAAGGUUUUGUAGUAAACGUAAAGCCUGAGUGUUACAUUGACAGUGUUGAUAUUUUUGACCACUGUUACUCAAUAAAAUACUUUCUGCAAAAUCCA